AUGGAAGAACAUCAAAGAACAGAAAUUCUAAUUGGAUCUCAGCGAGAACAAGGACAGAAUAAUGAUAUAGAUUAUGAUAGAGUGAGUGUUCAUACUGCAAUCACGAAUUCUACAGACGAAGGACAACGAAUUGGGAACGAAGAACCAAUUACAACGAGUGAAGGAAAUGUGACAAUUGCAGAACUUAGGCAAAGGUUACUAAUUGAACGAAAGAGAGAAGAAGAAGAACGUGCGAAUCUAAUCCGUCAAAAUAAUGAUUUACGAGAAGAGAAUCUUAGACUACAAGAACAAAGGUCAAGGAGUAAUACACGUUCAAGGUCAAGAUCAAGUACAAGUUCCUCCAGACAAAGUCAAUCUAAUCGAAGAAAUGAUAGGCGAAGACAACACAUGGAAGUCAUUGAAGAAAACUCGCAAGAAAAUGAAAAUUUGGAAGAUCCAAGGGAAAGGAGACGUAUAAUUGACUUAGCAACUAAUCGGUAUGAACAUCCACGGGAACUUCUUGGUCGCGCACAUAUUAAUUUUGAAAGGGAAGAAGAGGAUCCAGGGCAAGGACAUAUGAUAUUACAUGGUAGAGAAAUAUUAAGAGACGAAUAUGAGCGCGAACGAGAGACUGCACGUGCGAGAGAUAGACAGAGAAGAAGGGAAGAAUUAGAAGAAAGAGAAUUACAAAGCGAAUUGCGUCAACUUGAUUAUGAUAAUCGAGUUAGGAAGCGCGAACGUCGUCACAUAGAUGAUGCAGAACAAGGCCGAGUUAUUCCACAAGAAAGAGAAAUAUCAAGACACCGAUAUGAUCGCACAUGCAACGAAGAAAGACAUGAUAGAGUACAAAUUGAAGCAAAUACUGAAAGACGUAGGCGAAGAAGAGAAGAAGUUGAACAACAGGAAAUAAAAGAAGCAAUACGCCAAAAUAAUCAUGAGAAUAGAUUGAGACAAGCAAGAUUAAAAAGACCCAUGCAAGAAGAUUUGGAUCAAUCAUUGAACAAAGAAAUUAUUAAGGAGAUGACAGAAUUAAGAGAAAUGAUGAUUUGGGAAAAUUAUGAUGCAAUGAUGUGCAAAUAUUUUGCUGCAAGCCUAGCAGGUGAAGCUUUGAAAUGGUUUGAAGGACUACCUGUAGAAUCCAUUGGUUCAUUUUCAUCAUUUACAAAAUGUCUUUUUGGGGCAGGAACUCAAGGAAGGAAUAAUGCAGAGAUGGAACAAAAGUUAGUGGCUAUGGGCAGUACAGAUCAAGCAGAGUUUGAGACAAGCAACUUCAAAAUUAUGGAGGUACAUAUACAGUUCAACCAGGAAGCUCUGCAGGACAUCAAACACAUUAUAACAAGAAAGCUGAAAAGAAUAGUGUGGGAACAGAUAAAUUUUUCAAAGUUGAACAAUACAGUAGAUAAAGUAUGGGAAGCCGCUCUCCUAAUGGAUGAUAUUCCAUAA